GAAUCCACAAUGUUUGAACCAACAACAGUUGUAACUGCAGAUUCCACCACAACCGCACAACCAACCACAACUUUAAUAGAUGAAUCUUCAAUGUUUGAACAAACAACAGUUGUGACUGCAGAUUCCACCACAACUGCACAACAAACCACAACUGUCAAGGUUGAAUCUUCAACAACUGCGGAUUCUACUAUCAGUGAUGGGAUCACUACAACAGCAAAGCCAACCACAAUUGUAACUGCAAAUUCCACCACAACUACACAACAUACCACAACUUUCAUACAUGAACCUUCAACAACUGCGGAUUCUACUAUCAGUGAUGGGAUCACUACAACAGCAGAGCCAACCACAACUGUAACUGCAAAUUCCACCACAACUACACAACAUACCACAACUGUCAUACAAGAACCUUCAACAACUGCAGAUUCCACGAAAACUAUCAGUGAUGGGUUCACUACAAGUGCACAACCAACCACAACUGUCAGUGUUGAAUCCAUAACAACGGGUAAAGCAACCACAAUUGUUACUAGCAGAUCCUCUACAACUUCUCAUCCAACUACAACUUUCAGUUAUGUUUCCACUACAACAGUUGAACCAACAACAACUGUUACUGAAGGUGAAACCACAAUUGUACAACCAACCACAACAGUAACAGAGGGGCCAACAGCAACUCUACAAAAAACUACACCUGCUACUGACAAAUCCACAACAAUUAAACCAACUUCGACAGUCACUGGUGUAUUAACUACAACUGCACAGCCUACCACAACCAUCACUGAGGGAUUCACAACAAUAGGUGAAACAAUCACAACACUCAUUAGUGGAUCAUCUACAACUGCUCAGGGUUUCACAACUGUCAAGGAUGGAUAUGCUGCACCUCCACAACCAAGUACAACUGCACUCAGUAUGUCCUUUACCACUGCACAACCAACCACAACUAUGACUGAGGGAUCAACAACAACAGCUGAACCAAAUGUAGCUUUCACUUACAAACUCACAAUGCCUGAGCCAUCCUCAACUGUCACCAUUGUGUCCACUGCCACUGCUCCACCAACUGCAAGUGUUACCACUGGAUCCACCAACACUACCCAACCAGCCACAACUUUUACCAAUGGACCUGAAACCAUUGCACAAACAAUCACAACUGUCCCUGACCAACCCACAACUAUUAAACUGACCACAAUCAUCUCUGGUGGAUCGACUACAAUUGCUCAAACAACUGCUCAGUCAACAAUGGCGUAUUCUGUUGGAUCCACAACAAUGACUCAACCAAUCAUGACUUCCAAUAGUGGAUCCACAAAAACAGGCGAACCAACCCCAACUGUCACCAGUGAAUCUAGUAUAACUGCUGUGCCACUCACAACUGUCACUACAACUACACAACCAACAACAGUCACUGGCCAGUCCACUACAACUGCACAGUUACCUCAAAAUGACACCCGGGGAUCUACUUCAACUGCAAAGCCAACCACAGCUUUCACUGGCGGAUCCACCACAAUUGCACAAUCAACCACAACUGUCACCAGUGAAUCCACUACAACUGCACAAUUAACUUCCACUGUCACAAAUGGAUCUACUACAACUGCUCAGCCAGCUACAAGUGUUACUGGUGGAUCCAUCACAACCGCACAACCAACUGUCACUGACCAUUCCACUACAACUGCACAAUUACAAAUCACAACAGUCAAUGGUGGAUCUACAGGACAAUUUGCCACAAUUAUCAUUGGAGGAUCCACAACAACCUCUCAACCAACUACAGCUUCAAGUACCAAAGCAAACAAUACCACCCUACCACAAACCACAUCAACUGCAAAUACCACAACAAGAAUAACCAGCACUACAAUAACCACCACACCUGUUCCACCUCUAGUUGUAGGUCUACAAGUUACAAUACAACAAAUCUUUUUAGUAGCUUAUACCAAACCUCAAAGCAGAGAAUUUAAGGAUUUAGCUGUCAGAAUUGUUGCAGUGUUUGACGUGAUUUACCAAACAAAAUAUGGAGUUAAAUUUGUCAGGACAAUUGUGGUUGCAUUCAGACAGGUAACUAUCACUCGGAUGGGUAACACUGAAGCAGAAAUUGAGCUGGUGUUCAAUGACACGUCAACUAUACCACAUACUGACAUUGUGAAUACACUUAAAGAGGCGGUUUCCGAUCCAAACUCUACAUUCAAUUUAACUCUGGAUACCAACUCUGUAACAGUUAUUCGAGCUCCAGAUAUGACCACUUCUACAACAGAAACUCCAAUCGUUACAACUCUCAUGGUUACCACCUCAGGUGCAGACACUACCGUGACCACAGCCACCACCUCUACAAACAUUACUCCUGCAACCACCACUGUUGAGACAUCUAUCACUUUGGCAACCACAACUGCACUUAAAAGUGUGAAAUUGGUUUUCAAAUCGCUACGGGAGACCGAUACAACUGACUUGUCAAAUUCUGCCUCUAUGGCUUUCAGAACUCGGGCUUCUCUAAUAACAACUGAGCUUGAACCUGUCUUUAAAAAGGCAUUCAUUUAUUUCCGCCGUUUGACAGUGACAAGAUUCAGCAAUGGAUCAAUCAUUAAUACAAUGGAUGUAGCCUUCAGCUCAUCUUCUGUUCCUAAAGCCACUGAGAUAGGCACCGUUUUGAUCAGCGCGGCCCAACAUAUCACUGCUUUCAACAUUGAAAGUGCCUCAGUGACAAUUGAUGACAUAAUUCUGAACAAUGCAGUGAGCAUCAGCAAGAGCAAUCUCUCCACAGCUUUCUUUUUCGUACUUUUGUCAUUGCUCGUGUCAAGACAACAAUUGUUUCCAGGAUGUUACCCUUUUUAAACAAUACUUAGUAGUUUACAAACAGUGGCAUGGAGAUGGGUCUUCCAAAAAAGUAAUUAUGGUGUAUGUGAAUGCUGAUCUAAGUGUCUCUCAAAUAUUCUGUCAUUUUGAGUAGAUGGGUAAAUAGUACAAUGCAUUAGUUGAUGAAUAAUAACAUCAGCAGAUGACACGUUUCGUUAACCGUGCUACCUUGAGAUGAUCCUACAGUUUUGAGUGUAUGUCUAUGUAUGACAGUGAUGCAUGAAGAGGGUAAACCAGGGCUUGGCAUGGCUAGAAAAUGCCCAUUAAAAUGGAAGAAAAUCUGUGUCAAUACAGCCAAUAUGCAAUCAUUUUCUAGUUAUGAUUUUUUGGUUUAAUUUCUAGUUUGAUUCUUCAAACAAGAAAAGCGAGCAUAACAAUACAACACUUAAAGUUGCUAUGCUACAAUAAGGAUUAUUCUUUAUCUAUGAUUGCAGCUUUAAAAAGUUUGAAUGUAUAUUGGUCAUGUGCCUUAUUAAUGUGACUAUUGACUAGAAUUGUUAUAGUAUUAAAGAAUACAUAUUUAA